CCACACCAACUGCUCUCUAAUAACACGCCGCAGCGCAUAAUAAUAAACUAAUGGUGCUUGACAUUUAGAUUGCAUCAGAUCAUUUGUGUCAUCUCUCUCGGUCUGCCGGAUAAAAUGGAAUAUCCUAUGAUCUAUUAGGAAGUGGGAGUGAAUCGCAAUUCCACAGAAUUGGUGGCGCAACAUUUUCCGGAUGAGUUUUCCAUUAUCAGGAAGACUGUGAGACUGACGCACGCAGCAAAAUAAAAAGCUACUUUCUCUUGUCGUCGGAAUGAUUUUGAUUGCUGUUUUCGACAGAGAAGUGGACUAAACUGUUUCAGUAUGGAGUUAAAGAGGCGAGAUCGCGACAGGAUAUCAUUUUUCCUGCUUAUUUUAGGGAAUAUUGCAACAGCUCUCUCUGUCCAAACCCUUGACUGUGUCAACGACUAUGACUCUUUGAUGGUUUGCCACUUUGACGCGCAAAACUGCACUGAAUAUAAUCUGACCCUCAAGAGUGACAACGGAUAUGGGGAGAGGUAUUGCAUUCCCAAACAGUGUGAAAGUGGACAAUGUUGUUGCUCUUUCAACCAAAUGAUGCUUAUUAUUGGAGAGACUCACACAGCCAUGGUUUUGAAAGGAGGCAAACACAUGGAGUCCAAAGUCAUCGACAUUAGAGGCAGCAUAAAGCCCAAAACUCCGACAAUCACCUCAAUAAGAGAAUCUAAUGGGAAUUAUCAAAUCAUGUGGAAAACACACCACACUGGUCCUUUAGAUGAAAGCUUGCAUGCUGAGGUGACUUACCAUAAAAAAGGAGACACAAAAAAGGUAUCUAAAUUUGUCAAACCAUCUGCACUUGGUGGACUAUAUAACUAUGAAAUACUUGGUCGAGAAUUGGAGCGAAGUACAACGUAUGCAGUCAGCGUGAAAAGCUACACAAACAGAAGUGGCAAGUUCAGUGACAGUAGUGAAGAGUUGGAAUUCACAACACAUAUGUCGUCUUACGUUGUGCCCUUGGCUAUCCUCAUCAGCCUCAGUGUUGCUGCAGUCAUCAUCAGCGUUGCCGUAUAUGUCUGUUAUGCAAAGGUCAAAUCAAAGUGGUGGGACACAGUUGCCAAAUGUCCAAAUAAACUUUUGAUCAUGCAUCCAAGUGAGCAAGAGAUCUUGAAGCCUAUGCCACCGAUCAUCUCUUCAAUCUGUGUUGAGCCCCAUAUUGCAGAUGAUAGCAAACCAUGGUCGAAGGGGUCACUGGGAGACACGAGCAGCGGGAGCCCUCAGCAAAGCAGCGGGAUCAGUACUGGUUCUUCUUGUCUCAGUUAUGCCCACACAGAACCUGCUGACAUUAUCGCUGGUGUUCAGGAUGCUCUUGUAAAAGCUUUCCCCAAUAUCAGCCCAAUAUCACCUUUGACCACUAUUUCACUUAAUGCAGGAGUAAACAAAGACAGUGGUUUGCUCUCUUCCUCCUGCAACCCUUGUGAUGUCCGAGCUGAUGACAUGAGUUCUGGAUCAUCUUGCUUUGACAAUGUAACAUACUCCAUCUUCAUUCCAAGCGUCCCACAUGAGAUGAUGACCAGCAGCUCCGAGGUCCAGACGCAGGCUGAAAUGCUUUGUGACUCUGCAUACCGUCCUUCUGCAGGUGAUGAUGUGACCUUUGUCGACCAGCAGGCACCAGCUUGUCUGCUUGUGAAUUCACCACCAGUGGUUUCGUCUCUGAUGCCAACAGACAUGUCGUAUCAGAAGAGUAAUGCAGAUUUGGGGGGAUCUGCAUAUGCAGAAGACUUCAGUUUGUCGUCCAGUUUGUCCUCCACUUCCACUGGCACAAUUGCGUCAUGUGAUCCUGUGUCCACAGCUGAGGUCGGGUGUGAGAGCUUUGAUGAGGCGAAAAAGCUACAUGGAAAAGUUGAAGGUGAAAUUAUAUGUGAUGAAAAUCCCUGCUACAGCGGUGUGCCUGCAGUUUCAAGCAGCUUUCCUCCGGUGGAUGACGACUACCAGUCAUUUCAGAAUCUGGUGGAGCAACCUGCCAUUGUGUUUUCAGCGGAGAGAAGUGGUGAGGAGGAAAGACAUUUGAACAAAUGUCCAGAUGAAUUCUUCACCAAGAUGCCUCAAAGCUCCUUAAGCCAAGUUGUUCCGGGUUUCGUUGACAGUGUCCAGGGUGGUCAGUGUUCCUCUGAGCUCCAAAGACCUUUUCUCUCACUGAUCCCUGCUGACCAGUCUGUGCCGAUCAUCACAGAGAGCGGCUACCAGUGUGUGUAGCACUGAUUUUCAUGCACUGAUUUUUUUGUGUAGUUUUUGCUUACUUGACGGGGACGAAUGAUGCUCAUUUUCAAGUGAAUGUGUAUUUUGGGUUUCCACUAGAACAUGUUUAUAAGCUUUAAUAUUAAAUAAAUUGUUAAAUUACUUUC